AUGUAUCUUUCAGUUGUGAGCCUACUUGCUCUCUCGGGUAUCGUAACUGCCCACAGCAGUCAUGACCAGACUCCUCUGGCUGGACCGCACCAAAGGUUGUGGUACAAUACACUCCCCGGAGAUGGUGGCACUCAGGCCGACUCUGUCUUCUCUGGCAUCUCUACCUUUGGCCGGCUGCCUUACUUUCCUUGUCUCUCCAGCGAAGCCGAGAGAUAUGACAUUGCAUUCAUCGGUGCUCCCUUUGACACUGGAACAUCGUAUAGACCCGGAGCAAGAUUCGGACCCAGCGGAAUCCGACAAGGAUCUCGCCGCCUCAACCUCUAUGGCGGGUAUAAUGUGCCUCUCCAAGCGAACCCUUUUGUCAGUGAUCUGAGAGUCCUGGAUUGCGGAGAUAUCCCUGUAACGUCUUAUGACAACGCCUGGGCUAUCCAACAGAUCGAAGAGGGUCACAAUAGUGUUCUAAUGCGCAAACCAUUCACCGAUGCUGAGAAGUACGGACUCUCCAAGGCUGGAAAGACCCUUCCACGCAUCAUCACCCUGGGAGGAGACCAUACCAUUACCUUGCCGUUGCUGCGCAGUAUAAAUAGGGCCUACGGACCUGUUACUGUUAUCCACUUUGACAGCCACCUGGAUUCCUGGAAGCCAAAGGUAUUCGGCGGCUCACCUAGUCAGGUCGCCGCGAUUAACCACGGCACCUACUUCUACCACGCCGCGAUGGAAGGCCUGCUGAAGAAUGAUACCAACAUUCACGCCGGUAUUCGCACUACGCUCUCCGGUCCCUCCGAUUACGAGAACGACGGAUACUGUGGGUUCGAAAUCGUUGAAGCUAGAGAGAUUGAUACUAUUGGAACGGAUGGCAUCAUUAAGAAGAUAAGGGAGAGGGUUGGUACCGAGAACCCUGUUUACCUCUCCAUUGAUAUCGAUACCCUUGAUCCUGCUUAUGCACCGGCAACCGGGACGCCCGAAACGGGAGGUUGGUCGACGCGUGAGCUCCGCACUAUCAUUCGUGGACUGGAUGGAUUGAACUUCAUCGGUGCGGACAUCGUUGAAGUUGCACCUGCUUAUGAUACAAAUGCUGAGCUUUCUACUAUGGCCGCUGCAGACGUUCUCUAUGAGGUUCUUACCAUCAUGGUCAAGAAGGGUCCGCUGUCUGUUGGUCGCUCUGAUGAGCUGUAG